GUGUCAACAACGGCCAGGCAGCAGCAGCACAGCAGCACUGUCCGGAGCAGGGAGGGGGGAGUCAAGAGGCUGUUCAAACGUCGGAACAUUUGUCUGAGAUGGGGGAUGAUCGACCAUUUGUGUGCACUGCCCCUGGAUGUGGGCAGAGAUUCACAAAUGAAGACCACCUGUCAGUCCACAAACACAAGCAUGAAAUGACAUUAAAAUUUGGUCCUGCCAGAACAGACUCUGUUAUCAUUGCAGACCAGACACCCACACCCACACGUUUCCUGAAGAACUGUGAGGAGGUUGGGCUAUUCAAUGAGCUAGCCAGCUCCUUUGAACAGGAGUUUUCAAAAGCACAUGAGGACGACCACAGGACAAAACACCCAGCUGCACCUUUACAAACACCGUCUGAAGUAAAAGAUGAGGAAGAGGGCCCUUUACAAGUUGAUUCUUCCUCUCCUGGAAGUCCAGAUUCCUCUUCCAGCAUGUCAGACAACAGCAGAGACUCAAGGGAGAUUCUCACAAAGCCCGUGGCAAGCUCAGCUCCCACUCCAACCAUUGUGCGUCCAGGUUCUCUUCCCCUUCACCUGAGCAAUGACGCACUGCACCCAACUCUGCCAUCUCCAACAUCUGUCAUCACGCAAGCGCCGCCCUCCAACAGGCAGCUUGGCUCCCCAACAAGCGCUUAUCCACUGGUGAGGCACCUCCCCAAUGGACAGACAGUCCCUCUACUGCCCAGUCCCCAGAUGACCUCAGUUAUAUCUCUCGCGAGGCCAGUAAACUCAGUGCCUAACAUCCCUGGGAUUCCAGGACCUCCAGUUGGCGGGGCCAGCAGUGGGUCAUCCUCCCCAUCUGGCUACAGUCUGCACUCUGAGACCAAGAUGAGGCUGAAGGCAGCUCUAACUCAGCAAGGCCCAGGAGCACAAGAUGGGGCUGGUGGGGGGGCAGGAUCCAUCCCUGCUGUUCCCCAGCGACAGGAACAGAGCCAGCAACCCACUCAAAACUCUGAUGCACCAUCACCUGCCCAGCCCCAGGUAUCCCCUGCUCAGCCAACGGGAGGCCGGCGGCGGCGAGCGUCAGAGAUGGACCCUGACGAGCGGAGGCAGCGCUUCCUGGAGAGAAACCGGGCAGCCGCCUCCCGCUGCAGGCAAAAACGGAAACUGUGGGUGAACUCUUUGGAAAAGAAAGCAGAUGAUCUCGCCAACAUGAAUGUGUCCCUGACGAAUGAAGUAACUCUACUAAGGAACGAGGUGGCACAACUGAAGCAGCUCCUCCUCGCCCACAAAGACUGCCCGGUCACUAUUAUGCAGAAGAAGGCGGCUUUCCUAGCUGCAGGAGGAGAGGAAACCUCCAGGGAUACUCCCAGUGAACCCAUCGGCUCCCCAGCGGCGGUUAUCCAGCAUGGGCCGUCACCACCCGCCCCGGCCUCCAGUCCAGGAGCCACCAUCAACGGGCUGAGUGUCCGCGCUGCAGAGGCGGUGGCUAUGUCGGUCCUUGCCGGCAUGGGAUCGGGCCAACCGGGAGGGGUCGUCAUGGCGACGCAGUCACAGUCAACCCCAAGAUGAUGUGCUGACGCAGGCAGCCAGUAUGAACUCGAGUGGCAUUUGGAGGCCGGACUGGUGCAAAGCGUUUGAAAAAGAGGGACCCGCCCUCACACCCCCACCCCCAGACUAUGAUCCUCCCGUCCCCUCACAGCCAAUGAUAAUCACACAAAGACACGGCACAGUGCCUCCGUCAACCCUCCUGUCCCAGCAGGCUCCCUGUUCAGAGACGCUUCAUCACUCUCUGUAUGUAAAUAUGAAAAACACGUCGGACACUCACUCUGCAGGGUCUGGGGUAAUUUCGUGUUCAGUCGUGACAGUUGAAAAAGGUUUUAGAUUGGGAUGAAAAGUAUGAAUGAAAACUUUUUAUGUCGGAAUUAUCCGUUUAUUUUGAUUCACUUAAAAAAAUGCAGCUUCAGUCCAACUUCAGUCCCACACGCUGGCUGUGAUGAGGUUGGUUGCUUUCCAGGCUGACAAUUUUACUUGUAUUUUUCAUUUGUAUGAAAAGAUUUUUAUGGCUGAUACAGCUCGUCGACAUGAUGUGUGCUGAUGCAAUGAAAGUACGGUGAGAGAUUGGCUGGCUGAUUUCAGUAAAAGGCAGCCUGGAGAGCUUCUCUUUUGCUCUUUUUAUGUUUACUUUUAAACCUGUUUUUUAGUUUUCUGUCUGUUUUUUUUCCCUUUUGAGUUACUUCUCCUUAAAUACACAUGACAGUUUAGUCAGCCGAUUGCAUAUUUAACAAACCAAAUUAUAGAUGUGUACACAGUUUACCCUGUGAGUGUGUGCCUGACUUUUUUUUUACCAUCAGUUUUAACCCAUUGGGAAUGGAUGUCAGUACAUUAGUCAUGUAUGUAUCAAACUCUAUUGACUGCAUGGAUUACUCAAGGCUGAAGAAUACCACUGUUUGUUUGUGCUUCAUCAUACUAUAUCACUGUUCGUUGAUCUGCUUUUCUUCUGUUUCAGAACAUCAAAUUACUGAUGCAAAAAUUGUCCUUGUUAUGUAAGGAUUCCAUCCUCAGUCCUAAUGUAACACACUUGAAAUGGUUAGCUUUAGAAGGCCUUUAAAUGAUAAUCAAACAGAAUAGAUUUUAAAUCAUAUACCCUGGCAUUUCAGUUGAAGAAAGAGUAGUGCAAUAUAUUUUUCUAUUGAAUAUCAAUGUUCUUGCAUUUAUUUGUUGUGUGUAGCACAGCCACUGAGAGGGGUUUGGUCUAUUUCAGUUGAAAGCUAAAGUGAUGAGAUGACCAGAGAAAAUGUGAAGAUGAGUAUAAUUGAAUGAAUGGGACUGGUGAUUAGUGCACAUCUGUCGAGAGUUACAGAUGUCCUAGUCUUGUUUGCUUUCCAACAUUUGAAAAGCUGUCUUGUAUCAUGAAGUAGACUUAAAUACUUGUGCAAGGUGCUUCUUUUGAAAUUUAACUUUUGAAUUGCAAAUUAUUUUAUGCCACUGUACUUCCAGGACUAUUGUGUUUUUUUCCCCCCUCCUCACUGUUUUUUUAAAUAACGUCAUUGUUUUGAGAUGUUUAUUUUUUCCAUCAUGUGAUUAGUAUGUCCCUUUUAUUUUGUGAAAGAGCUUAGAUGUCUUUGUAUGUGUUUAACACAGGUUGAACCACAUGAAAAAAUGUCUCAAAGAUAUCUUGUAUGGAAAGUUUGUCAAAUACUCAGGCUUCAGGAUGGGAAAAAUUACUUGUGUAUAGUCUCAACUAAUGAAUAAGUUGUCUCGGGCAAAUAAUAAAAUAAAUUAAUGAAAAAGAAAUGU